AAUCGGAGUUUACAUGUGAUGAUAUCGAUUCCAUUUUUUGUAUGAAUAGAAAUGAACCAAAAUAUUGUCAUAUUGUUUUCGUUUGGUUUGUUUUCAAUUGUUUAGUUUAUUACUAUUAGAAUUUGUGUUUAAAUUGUCAAUAAUGAAAUUGGAAAUUGAUGGGCUUGAAGUUUUGUUCCCUUACGACUUCAUCUACCCUGAACAAUAUGCUUACAUGUGUGAGGUGAAAAAAGCAAUUGACAGCAAAGGCCAUGGACUAUUGGAAAUGCCCUCAGGCACCGGUAAAACUGCAUCAUUGUUGUCAUUGAUCAUCGCCUACCAAAGAGCUCAUCCUUACAACGUAAAUAAGUUGAUCUACUGUUCACGAACUGUUCCUGAGAUUGAGAAGUGUGUUGAAGAAUUGAAAAGAUUGCGAAAUUAUUAUAAACAGUAUGGUAAAGGAAAUGACUCUUUUGUUGGUCUUUGUUUAACCAGCCGAAAAAAUUUAUGUAUCCAUCCGGUGAUCAGUAAGGAGAGAGAUGGUAAAGUAAUUGAUGGUAAAUGCUAUGCAAUUACUGCAAGCCACAAGAGGGAAUUGGCUAAAACUGAUAGCUCAAUCGAAAUCUGUAAUUUCUUUGAAAAAUUUGACGCUAUUGGAAGAGAAUCUCCUUUACCCGAUGGUGUUUAUUCAAUUGAUGAUCUCAAAGAAUUUGGAAAAGCCAAAGGAUAUUGCCCAUAUUUUACCGCUCGUUAUGCUAUGUCUUAUGCCAAUGUUAUCGUUUACAGUUAUUAUUACCUUUUAGACCCAAAAAUUGCCGAUCUAGUCUCGAAAGAAAUGUCCCGUAAUUCAAUUGUGGUCUUUGAUGAAGCUCAUAAUAUCGACAAUGUUUGUAUUGAAUCUUUGUCGGUGACCAUUACCAAGCGGACAAUUGAACGAGGCCAAGCAAAUGUCAAUGCUCUUGCCUCAACUAUCCAAGGAAUUCGUGAUGCUGAUGAAGAGAGAUUGAAAAAUGAAUAUCAAAGAUUGGUACAAGGAUUAAGAGAGGCCAACAUAGCCCGUGAGAAUGAUCAAAUUUUGGCUAAUCCAAUUCUUCCCAGUGAAAUAUUGGAAGGAGCGAUUCCAGGCAAUAUCAGAACAGCGGAACAUUUUAUUAAUUUUCUCAAAAGACUAUUGGAAUAUAUUAAAACCCGAUUAAGGACUCAACAUGUUGUCCAGGAAAGUCCAGCGGGAUUUUUACGUGACAUCGCUGCCAAAGUUUGCAUUGAAAGGAAACCCUUGAGAUUUUGUGCCGAAAGACUAAGAUCACUAAUCAAGACCCUAGAGAUAACCGAAAUAACAGAUUUUUCACCUUUAGUUACCAUUUGUAAUUUCGCAACUCUAAUCAGUACUUACACCCAAGGUUUCAGUUUGAUUAUUGAACCUUUUGAUGAUCGUACGCCGACCAUUUCCAAUCCAAUUCUUCACUUCAGCUGUAUGGAUGCAUCUCUCGCUAUUAAGCCCGUUUUCCAGCGUUUUCAAACGGUCAUCAUAACAUCGGGAACACUAUCACCUCUUGACAUGUAUCCAAAGAUAUUGAACUUCCGUCCAGUUACGAUAACCUUAACGAUGACUCUUGCACGUCCAUGUAUUUUCCCGAUGAUUGUGGCCAAAGGAAAUGACCAAGUCUCAAUGUCAUCUAAAUUUGAAUCUCGUAAUGACAUCGCUGUUAUCCGUAACUUUGGUAUUCUUCUUGUUGAAAUGUCGGGUAUUGUUCCAGACGGCUUGGUAGCUUUCUUUCCCAGUUACGCUUAUUUGGAGACGGUUGUUGCCUCUUGGUACGAACAAGGAAUCAUCGAUUCACUAUUACGGAAGAAAUUGCUUUUCAUCGAAACGACCGAUGCAGCCGAAACCAGUCUAGCGCUUUACAAUUACGUAAAAGCUUGUGAAAACGGCCGAGGAGCUGUCCUACUUUCCGUGGCUCGUGGUAAAGUUUCCGAGGGUGUUGAUUUCGACCAUCAUCUUGGUAGAGCGGUCAUUAUGUUUGGCAUUCCAUAUGUGUACACUCAAUCGCGAAUUUUAAAAGCUCGCCUCGAAUAUCUUAGAGACAAUUAUCAGAUUCGUGAGAAUGAUUUUCUUACCUUUGAUGCAAUGAGACACGCAGCUCAAUGUGUUGGACGAGCUCUUCGGGGUAAAACCGAUUAUGGUAUUAUGUGUUUCGCUGAUAAGAGAUUUGCAAGGUUCGAUAAAAGAGGAAAAUUACCCAAAUGGAUUCAAGAACAUCUUAAAGAUUCUCUGUGUAAUUUAUCAAUCGAAGAAGGAGUUCAACUGGCCAAGCGAUUUUUACGUCAAAUGGCUCAGCCGUUCACUCGAGAAGAUCAACUUGGAAUUUCACUAUUAACAUAUGAACAACUUCAGGAUGAAGAAAUUAAGAAAAAUAUAAUAGAUAAAGUUGCAUCUUAAAGUUACAAGUUAAUCAUUCAGUCUGAUUAUUUGUGAUUCCAUUCAUCACCAUCAAUCAUUAAGAAUCAAAAAUCAAUUCAAUUCGUGUCUUGGUUGAUUGUUACCACCUCAUUUAUAUUUGUAUUCAACAGAUUCUAAUUUAAUCAUUCAUGUUUUUUUUGUACACUUACAAGAGUUCAAAUGUAUUAUAUUUUCUGUAAAAAGAUUCAUUCUAUUAACGUAACAAAUUAGAUUAACUUAUUAAUUAUCCAA